AACUCGAAUGUCAUGUCAAUUGUCAAUGUCAUGUGUUUUUAGAUUUCAAAAAUUAAAAAAUAAUAUUAUAAGUUCCGAUUCCCGUUUCAAAUUCGAAAUUUCGAAUUUCCCGAUUUUUUCAAAAGUAUUUUGAAUAAAAUAAUUAUUAGUUGUACAUUAUGAUUUGCAGAAAAUGUGAUGCACCGGCGACUAUACUUAUCAGAAAGGAAUAUUGGUACUGCAAUACGUGUUUUAUAACCAAUACAAAUCAUAAGUUUCGAGCAUGCCUUGGAAGAAGCAAAACUUUAUCACCAAACGAGAAGGUCCUAAUCUGUUUAUCUGAUAGCACCAGCUCUAUGGUACUAUUAGAUUUAGUUCAAAACAGCAUUUCCUUAAAUGGUACCAAGAAGUUAAGGGUUAUUCCAUUUUUUUUACAUAUUAUUGAAACUGCAACAGAGGAUUCCAUAAGGACAGCUAAACUAAUAAUUGAACAAUGCAAUAAAUAUAAUUUGGACAUUUAUAUAGUUGACAUAAAUGAGUAUUACAGCACAAAUAAUAUACUCCCAGAUAUCAAUGUCCUUCCACAAACAAAGUCUGAAACUCUUAACAAUAUGAGAAUGAAUGUUUCUGCUACAAUUUAUGAUGAUGUAAUAGUGAAAAUAAAAAGAACAUUGUUUCUUCGAAUUGCCAGUGAAUUAAGCUGCAAGAUUAUUUUUACUGCAGAGACCACAACUCAGCUAGCAAAGAGAUUGCUGACUAAUCUAGCAAUAGGCAGGGGGUCACAAGUUGAAAAUGAUAUAGGGUUUGCUGAUCAAAGAGAUAAAUCUAUCAAAAUAUUAAGACCUAUGAAGGAUAUUAGUAAUGAAGAAAUUGAAUACUUUUUAAAAGUGAAACAAAUUAGUAAAAUUCAAAACAGCAGUAAUACAAAAAUUGGCCUACAGUCAGUGGUAGAUAACUUUGUUUUGGAUCUUCAAAAAAAUUAUCCUGCUACAGUAUCUACUGUGUGUAAAACUGCUGAUAAACUUGGAUCUGCAGAAAAUACUACUGAAACACAAAAUUGCACAUUAUGCCAGAGCAAUAUUACAUUCAAAAGUUCCAAGCUAACUGCAGUGGAAGCUACAAUAUUUUCACGACAAAUGUGUACUAAUAAAGCUGGGGUAAAUGAUAAAAUCGAAGUUAUGCAAAGUAUUACUGAAGAUAAAAAUCCCAUGUUUCCAAGUAUAUAUAAAACAUUGUGUUAUGGCUGUAGUAGAAAUUUUUCAGAGUUAGAUUCAUAUUUGUAAACUCUCUCCAGAAAAAAUAAAAAAGUCAUUAAUGCUGCCAAAAA